UUAUCGUUCUAAUUUUAAGUGGACACUGAAGUACCGGACCCAUCUCUCUCCUCUCGAGUCUCGACCUCAUGCGUAGAGCCACCAGAGAGUCUGAGACUCACUCUGUCAUACGGCUUUUGUUUCAGAGUGAGUAAAACAAACAAUAAACAAUAUUUAAUCCACGAUCUCAUAAGAGUCCUUCCAUGGCUUCCACAGCGGCUCCUCCGACCCUGUCUCUCCUGUUUGGUAGCAGAAAGGGUGGCAAUAGGUCGGAGGAAGCCCACGGAAGAAGUAGAAGAAAUUGCCGUGUUUUCGCAUCGGAAAACCCAGACCGGCGCAAAAGAGCCCCGCCGGGAGUGGACACUAGAAUUCACUGGGACAAUCCAGACGAAGGUUGGAUCGGAGGGUCUACCAGUUCAUCGCAGGCCUCCCGACGACUCAAUGUCGAGGAGGAGCAACGCAAUCUUCUGGGUGAGAAGUUCUCUGAUUUGCUCAACACUUCCUCUGAUUCCCACUACCAGUUCUUAGGGGUAGCUGUCGAUGCUGACAUGGAAGAAAUUAAAGCUGCCUACAGACGAUUGUCAAAGGAAUACCAUCCAGACACAACGUCGCUCCCUAUAAAAGCAGCCUCAGACAAAUUCAUGAAACUCAAAGAGGUCUACGACAUACUAAGCAAUGAAGAGAGCCGAAGGUUUUACGACUGGACCUUAGCUCAGGAAGCCGCAAGCAGAAAAGCCGAGAAGAUGAAGAUGAAGUUGGAGGAUCCAUACAUGCAAGAAGUGAAGAACUGGGAGUCAGUACCGGACAUGGUCGAUCGGCUUGGUGGAAGAAAUAUGGAUCUGAGUGAUCAAGCCAUGACUGCACUUACUAUUGAUGUUGGUAUUAUAAUCUUUGCUAUUUGUUGCAUCAUUUAUGUUCUCUUCUUUAAGGAACCAUAUUAAUUAUUGGGUUUGUACUUUGAAAUUGUUUUAAUAUUGCCUAAUUGUAAUCUCUAUCACUUGUUUUAAAUUGGGGUCGGGGAUGGGAGUAUGGUUCCUUCCCUGUUUCUAUUCCUA